AUGAACGCCUCCGACCCAAUCGACGUGGCCGAGGAAGCCAAGUCCAGGGCUAUCUCACACGAUGUCGUUAUCAGUGAGAAGCAGCGGGAGAUUGAGCCUGCUCCAGUUCAGAGUGUGUCCUCCGCUCACGACGAGGAUGAUGCUCUCCACAAGAACUACCCCAAUGAGGAGGAUCUGCGAACACUGCGCCGCGUUGCGGGCAAGAUCCCUUGGACUACCUUCACCGUCGCCUUUGUCGAGCUCUGCGAACGUUUCUCCUACUAUGGCACAACGGCCGUCUUCGUGAACUUCAUCCAGCGUCCUCUACCGGCCAACUCUUCCACCGGUGCCCUCGUGGCCGGUGCUGACUUUAACAACGAUGUUCCCGGCGCAUUGGGCAUGGGACAGCGUGCCUCGACCGGUCUGACCUUGUUCAACCAAUUUUGGUCCUACAUCAUGCCCUUGAUGGGUGCGUACGUGGCUGACCAGUAUUGGGGUCGGUUCCGCACUAUCUUCGCCUCUAUUGCCGUGGCCCUCGUCGGUCACUCCAUCUUGAUCAUCUCGGCCAUUCCGAACGUUAUUGCUAGCCCCGGUGGUUCGAUCGCCUGUUUCUCCGUUGGUUUGGUGAUCAUGGGUGUGGGUACCGGUGGUUUCAAGUCCAACAUCUCUCCCCUGAUUGCAGAGCAGUACGGAGAUGAGAAGCCCUAUAUCCGAGUGGAGUCCAAUGGCGAGCGCGUCAUUGUUGACCCCGCUGCCACAGUCUCUCGCAUCUAUCUAUACUUCUACCUGAUGAUCAACGUUGGCUCAUUGACGGGUCAGAUCAGUAUGGUCUACGCCGAGCGCUACGUUGGUUUCUGGCUCUCCUUCCUUCUCCCCACCAUCAUGUUCUGCCUCUGCCCGACCGUGCUCUUCCUGUGCAAGUCGCGCUACAAGCUCCAUCCUCCUACCGGCUCCGUGUACUCCAAGGCUUUCCGUCUGUGGCAGUUGGCCAUGAAGGGCCGCUGGUCUCUUAACCCACUGCGCCUGUUCCAGAGCACCACUGGCUCUGGCGACUUCUGGCACAACGUCAAGCCCAGCCAGAUGGGUGCAAAUAAGCCGGAAUGGAUGACCUUUGAUGACGAGUGGGUAGAUGAGGUGCGACGUGGACUCAAGGCCUGCAAGGUCUUCCUGUGGUACCCGCUUUACUGGCUGGCAUAUAACCAGAUGUUGAACAACCUGACCUCGCAAGCGGCAACCAUGCACUUGGGCGGCGUGCCAAACGAUGUCAUCAACAACCUGAACCCCUUCGCCCUGAUCAUCUUCAUCCCCAUCUUCGACAGGAUCGUCUACCCCGGUCUGCGUCGGAUGGGCUUCAACUUCACCCCUCUGAAGCGUAUCACGGCCGGGUUCUUCGUGGCCGGCUGCUCCAUGGUCGUCGCGACGGUCACCCAGUACUAUAUCUAUAAGUUGGGACCCUGCGGCAACCAAGCCAACUACUGUCUCGAAGAGGAGGGAAAGCACACCAAUAUCACCGUCUGGGUGCAGACUCUGACCUACGUGCUGGGCGGUAUUUCCGAGAUUUUCGCAUCGAUUACCUCGCUGGAGUAUGCCUUUACCAAGGCCCCUCGCAACAUGCGUUCCCUCGUGCAGGCGGUGGCACUGUUCAUGAACGCCAUCUCCGCUGCGAUCGGACAGGCAUUGGUUGGUCUGUCGGCAGAUCCCUUGCUGGUGUGGAACUACGGCGUCGUCGCUAUUCUGGCCUUUGUCGGCUGCGCAGGAUUCUGGUUGACCAACCACAAGUUGGAUCGGGAGGAAGAUGCACUGAAUAUGCUCCCGCAAAGUGGCUACCAGGGACGCCAGACAGGAGAUGAGGAAAAGUAG